GGUGGUUUCUUCGCUUCCUGUCUUCUAGGUUCAGAAGCAUUGCAUUUGCAGCCGUUUCUGUCGCUGCCGCCGUUGGGAGAGAAGGAAGAACAGCAUCGUUGUUGCUGCUGCCAGCUGCGCCGACGACGACGACCAGCCGACAUUGAUCGUGCUGCCGUUCGUAUAUUGGUGUCGUUGUUCCAGUGAUUCUAGUGUUGGUGUGGCUCCGGUGAUCGCCUGCAUGUUUCUCGGUCCUACGUUUUCAACGAGCAGCAGCUCUUAUCGAGCCGAGUGAGGGAAGUCGGCGAUCGACGGCGGAAAUCGGCAGCUACCUCGUUCGGUGGCUCUCACUGGGUCGCUCGAGUGGUGGUCGUCCGCCGCUCGCCCGUCCUUCCGUCCGUCCAUCCGUCAAGUCAGUGAGUGAGGUAGAACGUCUGCUACUGCACUGCUCGACUGUGAUGUUGAUAGUGGUCGAAUUCUCGGAGUGAAGGAGGGCGCGCAGAAGAACCGCAGAGAAGAUUCUAGCUCGGAGUUUCAACUCGAACACCUGGAGCUUUCCAGCGUUUGAAAGUUCACAUCGUGUUCCUAAGAGAGACAUUCUUUAGUGGAGCCCUUUACCGUGUCGACCGUUCCCGCUAAGCGACCAGACAUUCGUUAACAUUUGAGCGGUCAGCUGCGGAGAGGAAUUCGAACAGCUGCAGCCAUCGGUGGAAUCUCAUCUCUGAGUAGUCGGUUGACGACGAAAUUAUAAGACCGCGGGGUUUCUGUUCCGACGGUAAUUCAGUUUCGAUCGGGAGCCACGGUCCGCCAAUCAGUAGUCGGCCCGUCAGUCAGUCGCUUGGUCGCUCGACAGUCAUUCGAACCUGGGUGCUCGACUGUUGCCAAUGGCUCCGACGAAAAUCGCCAAAAGACCAGGGCUGACCCCAUGGGAUGAGAUUCUUCCGAAAAAAUUCGUGGAAUUCGAGAUUCGACGGCGCCUGAAGUCGAUCAGGAAAUGCAUCUACGUCCCCAGUCUCAGCAGCAUCGACGAGCUCGUUCCUACGACCAACUUUAUGUCGGAACUCGGAAAUAUUGCGGAAUUCAUGUAUUCCAUGGGGAAGAGCGUUAUGUCGAGAGACGAAGCAGAAAAAGUGACGGUGGCGACGCUCGACGGGAGGACUACCACCGAUAAGCAGCGCAAAGCUCCGACGGGAGACGACAACACAUCUGUGAUGAGCUCGGACGACGAAGGAAUUGUGGAUACCCUGUCCUCAAUGAGAAGACAUCAACAUCGAACUCUCGAUACGCUAACAGUGUUGAGUCGCAGAAAACUGGCUUCGGUAUCGUCGAGGACCGUUGCGGAUGGCUUUCUCGCCGACCAAGAAGACAAUGACGUCGACGACGACGACGAGAGCAGCGGAUUCUACUCGGAUGGUUCGGAGUACGCGCCGUGCAUGCCGAACGUCAAGAGUCGCGCGUUCCGACCCCGAAGCCAGUCGGGACUCUAUCUGCACUCGCAGCUCCCGAUGUGGCUCAAGAACAAUGAGUUCAUCGUCGGUGGACACCGACCGCCAGCCUAUAGUUACAAAGCCUGCCUCCGAUCUGUGAUUCACUUACAUAGCGAAACGGGUAACAUUUGGAGUCACGGACUGGGAGCUCUCGGUUUCGCGAUGUACGCAAUCUAUUUCUUUUCGGCGGACGUGAUCCCUCACAUGAAUAUUUACGAUCGUUUGGCAUUUGGUGUUUUUUUUCUUUCCGCCAUCGGCUGCAUGGGUAUGUCGGCUAUUUAUCACACGCUAGCGUGCCACUCCAACCGAGUGUGCUCCAUAACGUGUAAGCUGGACUUCACCGGGAUCACAAUUCUGAUCUUCGGAUCGUUCUACCCGUGGUUGUACUAUACGUUCUACGACCAGCCGGCGUUGCGGUGUCUCUACGGCCUUCUAGGGACUGUCAGCGCGUUAGCGACGAUAAAAAUGAAUCUGAACGAUAGCUUCGCUCAUGCCGAGUAUCGAGGCGUUAGGUCGGCCGUGUACAUAUCGUACGCAAUGAUUUGCGGCGUUCUACCCGUUGUUCAUUUCUCGAUGAUCUACGGAGUGGAAACUCUCUACAACGAGCACCAUCUUCUGCGGUUCGCGUGCAUGGUAAUCUCAUAUGUGGUUGGGGCGCUCUUCUACUCUAUUCGUAUUCCGGAAAAGUACUGGCCGGGAAAGUUCGACUACGCUGGACAUAGUCAUCAAAUCAUGCACAUCUGUGUCGUUUUUGGAAAUCUCGCCCACUACUGGGGCUGCCACGGCCUAGCCUACCGGCGGCACGUUUUGAUGGCCACAGACUGCAGCCAAACCUCGAUGUACUCAACACUGGAGCCCUUCAUCAGCAUGUCGUACGUCCAUAUCAUGAAUUUCUUCAACUGAACAGUGUGGUGUAUCGGAGCGAUGCGCACCACCCUAAUCGGCAGCAACUCCAAACGACCACUCAUGCAUUUCGGACUCGCACAUCAUCCAUUCCGUGGUCGAACCACCGACACGAAUUCGCU